GUGCUUAAAAAACCCCUAGCGCCGCAUUGUCGAUCGUUUUCUCAUUUUCAGACUAUCAACACAUCACUGACACUUACACUCAAAUGGCGGAUGAAGAUGGUUCAAGCAGGAAGCGAAGAGCAGCCAGAGGACCUGAAUCCAAUGCCCGCAGCCAAGCAUUAGAGCGUCUCAAAGCUCGCCUCUCCGGCGGCCGCCGAUCCGACGGUGCCGCACCUCAAAUCAGGUUAGAAAACCCUAUCUACGACACAAUCCCCGAAGAAGAGUACAACGCUCUAGUCGCCAAGCGACGCGAUCAAGCGCGCUCAUUCAUCGUCGACGAUGACGGCCUCGGUUACGGCGAUGAAGGCGAAGAAGAGGAUUGGUCCAAAGCAGGAUUCAAUCUCUCCUCCGACGAAUCUGACGGCGAAUCGGAGAAACCUAAAAAGAAAAAAGAACCUUCUCAGAAUAAACGUCCUUCUUCUUCUGCUUCUUCGCUAUCAGCUGCUGCUGCUAUGAUGGGACCGCAGAGGCUUUCGUCUAUGUUCACUUCCGCGGUUUUCAAGAAAAACAGAGACGAUAAGGUCAGCGAACGUAUCGUUGAUGAUGUACUCGCGGAAUUUGCACCGGAUGAGUCUGAUAGACUCAGUCGUAGAAAAGUGCAACCGAAUUCGUCUUCUAUUAAACCCUCUGCUGAAUCUGUACGAGUUGCUUCUUCGCACCAAAAGUUUGCUAUUGCAAAAGUUGAUGCUGAAUCUGUUAGGGUUAAUAAAGAUAAUGAAUCUAACUUAGGGUUAGAGAAAAACUGUGAAGUAGAAUUGAAUGGAAGCUUAGAAAAUGGUGAUGCAGAAAUGGUGGUAGAACCUAAUGACUGUCCUUCUCCAAGUAAUGGGGAUUUAGUUGAGGAGAAAGUGGUGAAAGAUGUUGAAAUGGAAGCGAAACCGGUAGAGAAAAAGGAGGGUUUUAUUUUGAAUGCGAAAAUCUCAGAAGAGGUGGUGGACCCAAAAUUGUGUGCUACUGCUGGUUGGCAGGCAGCGAGGAGUGGUGCUGGUGUUGGAGGGGAGGUGAACGUUGCUGGUCCAAAGGAUGCUUUGCUUAAUCAACAACAUUCUGAGUUCAAUUUGGAGCCAGAAGGAUCCCUUCCUUUCUACAUAAUAGAUGCUUAUGAAGAGUAUUAUGGAGCUAAUAUGGGUACUCUUUAUUUGUUUGGGAAGGUCAAAACAGGGAAUUUGUAUCAGAGUUGCUGUAUUGUUGUGAAGAACAUGCAGAGGUGUGUCUAUGCAAUUCCAUGUCGUCCUUUGCAUUCCAUUGAAGAGAUGAUAGAGCUUGAGAAAGAUGUCCAAGAGUCUCGAAUUUCUCCUGCAGAUUUCUGUAAAAAGCUGCAAGAUGCCACAUCUGAUAUAAAGAAUGAGAUAGCUAAACAUCUGGUGGAUCUGGGCGUUUCUUCCUUUAGCAUGGCACCUGUCAAGAGGAAAUAUGCAUUUGAACGACUUGACAUUCCUUCAGGUGAAAAUUAUGUGGUGAAAAUAAAUUAUCCAUUCAAGGAUCCAGCACUUCCAGUAGACCUCAGAGGAGAAAGUUUCUGUGCUCUUCUUGGAGCUCGAAGCAGUGCACUCGAGCUAUUUCUGGUUAAAAGGAAGAUUAAGGGGCCUUCAUGGCUACAAGUUUCAAACUUUUCUACCUGCUCAGCUUCCCAAAGGGUAAGCUGGUGCAAAUUUGAAGUGACUGUUGACUCUCCCAAAGACAUCAGGGUUUCUUCUUCAUCUUCCUCAAAAAUCACUCGCGAGAUUCCUUCUGUGGUUGUCACGGCGAUAAACUUGAAAACCACCAUAAAUGAAAAACAGAACAUAAAUGAAAUUGUAUCUGCAUCUGUUGUCUGUUGCAAUAUGGUCAAGAUUGACACUCCGAUGCUGGCUUCAGAGUGGAAGAAACCUGGAAUGCUGACCCAUUUUACUGUUAUUCGCAAACUUGAUGGGAAUAUAUUUCCAAUGGGAUUCAAUAAGGAGGUUACAGACAGAAACAUAAAAGCUGGGUCACAUGUUCUGUGUGUUGAAAGCAGUGAAAGAGCUUUGUUAAAUCGUCUAAUGUUAGAAUUACACAAGCUAGAUAGUGAUGUUCUUGUUGGACAUAAUAUUUCUGGAUUCGACCUGGAUGUUCUUCUCCACAGAUCUCAGGCUUGCAGAGUACCAAGCAGCAUGUGGUCUAAACUGGGUCGUCUCAACCGUUCUACGAUGCCUAAGCUCGAGAGAAGAAGCAAAACGUUUGGUUUUGGAGCUGAUCCUGCUAUCAUGUCUUGUGUAGCUGGUCGGCUUCUUUGUGAUACAUAUUUGUGUUCCCGUGACUUAUUAAAGGAGGUUAGCUAUUCUUUAACUCACCUAGCAAAAACACAGCUGAACCAAUCUCGGAAGGAAGUUGCGCCACAUGAUGUUCCAAAAAUGUUCCAAGCUGCAAAAUCCCUGAUGGAGCUAAUUGAAUAUGGUGAAACGGAUGCAUGGUUGGCUAUGGAACUCAUGUUUUAUUUGAGUGUUCUUCCUCUCACACGCCAGUUGACUAAUAUAAGUGGCAAUCUGUGGGGUAAAACUCUUCAGGGUGCCCGGGCGCAGAGGGUGGAGUAUCUUUUGUUGCAUGAGUUUCAUAAAAAGAAAUAUAUUGUUCCAGACAAGUUUUCUAAUUACGCAAAAGAAACAAAAUUGACGAAACGAAGAGUAACUCAUGGUGUCGAUGAUGGCAACUUUGAUGACACAGAUAUUAAUGAUGCAAACUAUCAUAAUGAUGCUUCUGAAAGUGAUCAUAAGAAAAGCAAAAAGGCUGCUUCCUAUGCUGGAGGACUGGUUUUAGAGCCAAAGAAGGGUCUAUACGACAAAUAUAUAUUACUUCUGGACUUCAACAGUCUAUACCCUUCCAUCAUUCAGGAAUAUAAUAUUUGCUUCACAACUGUUGAAAGAUCUUCAGAUGGAUCUUUUCCUCGUCUGCCAUCUAGUAAAACAAUUGGAGUCUUGCCAGAGUUGCUGAAAAAGCUGGUUAAAUGGAGGAGAGACGUAAAGACAUGGAUGAAGACUGCAUCUGGUCUUAAACUUCAGCAACUGGACAUUCAGCAGCAAGCACUGAAGCUUACUGCAAACAGUAUGUACGGAUGCCUGGGAUUUUCCAAUUCAAGAUUUUAUGCGAAGCCACUGGCUGAGCUCAUAACCCUACAAGGAAGGGAGAUACUGCAAAGCACAGUUGAUCUCGUUCAAAAUAACUUGAAUUUAGAGGUGAUCUAUGGUGAUACUGAUUCAAUAAUGGUUUACAGUGGGCUAGAUGAUAUUGCAAAAGCAACUUCAAUAGCUAAGAAAGUUAUUCAUGAGGUCAAUAAGAAAUAUAGGUGCUUAGAAAUUGAUCUCGAUGGUGUGUACAAGAGGAUGCUACUUCUCAAGAAAAAGAAAUAUGCAGCUGUAAAGGUGCAGGUUAAAGAUGGCACCCCAUAUGAGGUUAUUGAACGCAAAGGUCUUGAUAUUGUCCGCCGUGACUGGAGCUUAUUAGCGAAAGAUUUAGGAGACUUUUGCCUGACUCAAAUUUUGUCGGGAGGGUCAUGUGAAGAUGUUAUCGAAUCAAUUCACAACUCUCUGAUGAAGGUGCAAGAAGAAAUGAGGAACGGACAAGUACCAUUGGAAAAAUAUGUCAUCACAAAGACAUUAACUAAACCACCCGAAGCAUAUCCUGAUGCCAAAAACCAGCCACAUGUUCUUGUGGCACAAAGAUUGAAGCAACAAGGUUACACCUCUGGCUGCUCUGUUGGUGAUACAAUCCCUUAUAUAAUUUGCUACGAGCAGGGUGGUAGUUCAGGCAGUGCAACGGGAAUUGCUCAACGUGCCAGACAUCCUGAUGAACUAAAACGGGAACAGGAGACAUGGCUAAUUGACAUUGAUUACUAUUUGUCACAACAGAUUCAUCCUGUGGUAUCACGUCUUUGUGCAUCAAUUCAGGGCACAAGCCCUGAAAGACUGGCUGAUUGUUUAGGGCUUGACACAUCAAAGUUUCAACAUAAAUCAAGUGAAGCUUCAAGUGAUGAUCCUACAAGCUCACUCUUGUUUGCUGGUGAUGAUGAGGAGAGGUACCAAGGAUGUGAGUCGUUGGUCUUGUCAUGCCCCAGCUGCUCUGUUUCAUUUGACUGCCCACCUGUGUUUAAAUCUAUUUGUUUGUUGGGAAAUGAAAAGCCAGCCAGCUCAGGUGUGGAGGAAUCUGACUACAAUUUCUGGCGCAAGCUGUGCUGUCCCAAAUGCUUUGAAAAUGGUGUUGGCAGAAUUUCCCCUGCAAUGAUAGCCAAUCAGGUCAAACGGCAAGCAGAGAAGUUUGUUUUAAUGUAUUAUAGAGGUUCACUAAUGUGUGAUGAUGAAACUUGUAAGCAUACAACGCGGAGUGUCAGUUUUCGUUUGGUUGGGGAUUCUGAGAGAGGAACUGUAUGUCCAAGUUAUCCUCGCUGCAACGGGCAUCUUAACAGAAAGUACACUGAAGCAGACUUGUACAAGCAGCUCUCAUAUUUUUGCCAUGUGUUUGAUACUGUUUGUUGUAUAGAAAAGAUGGAAGCAAAGUCUAGGAUACCGAUAGAGAAGGAGUUGAUCAAACUUAGGCCCGUGGUUGAUCCUGCUGCAUCAACAAUACAGAAAAUCAGAGACCGUUGUGCCUUUGGGUGGGUGAAGCUGCAGGACCUGGUUGUUACAAUUUAAUUUCCAGUUCGAUGCCAAAUUCGGUGUAUAUUAGUCCAGAUGCUCGCGAGUCCACACCAGCAAGGGGGGUGUAAGCGGAAUCGUGGCCUUAUUAUGAAGACUAUGAAGUGUUACCAUCAUCAUCCUUGGUUGAUUUAAGUAGAAAUGGUUUGUUCUAUAUCGUGGUCUAUAGAACAAUACAUAAAUUUGUAAAUAUGUUUAUCUAAACUGUGGUUUACUUACUGGUUAGUUUAUUGGUUAGUUUAAGAAGUAAAACCUGUAAAAUUAGUUGAUAUAAAUUAAGUUGUUACAAAUUACAUAGUUGUUGGCUCAACACCAUCUUGUAAGUACUCAUAUAUGUAAAUCAAGUUUAAAAUUCUUGACUCA